AUGGAAAGCCUCGGCCACCGGCUGAAACAGAAACCUCCUGCGCUCGAGCCGUUGCCACGCCCGGCCGCCGCCGUGGACGAAGGAAAGGACAAAGAUGAGGCGGCGCCGGAGCCGGAGCAGGAGCAGCCGCAGGAGGAGUUCUUUAGUGAGUCGGAGUCGGGCUCGGAGUCCAUCGAGAUCGCCGACCUGAAGAAGCGGAUGUGGAAGGACCAGAUGCUGCUCAUGAAGCUCGAGGGCCGGUCCGGCCAUGACGGGCAUAGACCGGGGCAGGACAGGGCUAGGGGGAAGGAGGAGGAGGAGGAGACGCCCGAGGCCCGGUACCGGCGGAAGGCGAUGCUCCGGGCGCAGGACGGCGUCCUCCGCCACAUGCUCAAGAUGAUGGAGGCGUGCAACGCGCGGGGGUUCGUGUACGGCAUCGUGGACGAGACGGGCGUUCCGGUGUCCGGCUCCUCCGACAGCCUACGCGGGUGGUGGAAGGACGACGUCGCGUUCGACCGGGCCGGGCCGACGGCGCUGUCGACGCCGGCGGCGGAUGGCGGCGGCCGGGGGAGCCUGCCGAGCCCCGCGUCGGAGGCGGCGGCGUCGUUCCUGCACGGGCUCCUCGACAUCCAGGACAGCACGCUGGCGUCGCUGCUGUCGGCGCUGAUCCAGCACUGCGAGCCCCCGCAGCGGAGCUUCCCGCUCGACCGCGGCCUGCCGCCGCCGUGGUGGCCGACGGGCGGCGAGGCGUGGUGGGGCCUGCAGGGGGAGGCCCAGGCCAGCCAGGGCCCGCCGCCGUACCGGAAGCCGCACGACCUGAAGAAGGCGUGGAAGAUCUCCCUGCUCAGCGCCGUCAUCAAGCACCUGAGCCCGCGGUUCGACCAGAUUCGCAAGCUCGUGUGGCAGUCCAAGCGGCUGCAGCACAGGAUGAGCGCCAGGGACGCCGACACCUGGUCCCGCGUCAUCUCCCAGGAGGAGGCGCUCAGCCGCCACGCGCAGCGCUCCCUGCACAUCGUGCCGCUCGACGACGACGACCAGGAGCUGCACGGACCGUCGCCGCGCGAGUCGCACGCCGACAAGCGCAAGCGCGAGGCCGGCGGCGGGGAGCUGCAGCUCUCACUGCCGGCGGACGUCGACGUCGUCACGGAGGCGGACCGCAGCUCCAUCGACGAGCUCAUGAAGCUCUACUACAGCUGCCUGCAGGGGGCCGACGGCGGCCUCGGCGGCGAGCAGGGGAAGGACGUGGCAGCCGGAGCGGCCUGGGAGGAGGGCGUCUCUCCGGACACCGUGCAUGGCGGCGACGCGCCGCAGCCGCACGACGACAUGCUCGACGAUCUCCUCGGUGUCGCGCAUGUGGUGGACAUGAGCGACUUCCCGGACAGCCCCAUCUGGCACUGGGGGUCGGGCUCAGAUUAG